AUGUCGGCGGAACAGUACGGCGCCAGACUGCUUGACGAGGUGCAACAAGAAAGCCUGGACACGUUUCUAGCAGAACUCAGACAUACAAUAUCGCCUCAGCGGAAGUCGGCGCUUGGGCUCCAACCGCUCGACGAGUUCCUCGAAGCUGUGCUGAAUCCUCCUUCCGGUGAAGAACAAGCUCCGCCAGCCUCGCGCCAGACAGCAUGGCAACUGGAAAGGCCUGGUCCAGAUGACGGGAACGAGGAUGUCGGAACGGCAGGAUAUGCUGACGUCGAAACUCCUCGUGACGACCGAACUCAAAGACACGCUUCACGCCAGAUCAAACCAAAGCCCGCUACGAUCGAGAUAUCAAGUCUCAAGUCCGCUGCGGGCAAGACCAGUCUGCUGUACUACCUCUGCGCUGUAGCCACUUUGCCCAAAGCUGUUGGAGGGAAAGCGUCGACCGUGGUCUAUAUCGACAGCGACGGCCGCUUCUCAGCCACCCGCCUGAUGCAGAUCAUGCAACACCACAUGGUCACGACGCGAACGCAGCGGCAGGACACCAACGAUGGCACUACGGGCACUACGGACAUAGAAGGAACAACCACUACCGACGCUCAAGUUUCAGAGGGCGCAAUCACCACAGCCAAAGACAAUGAUGCAGACCGAGACAUUGCGCUCGAGGCGUUACAGCAUAUCCACGUGUUCCGCCCUCAGUCGUCUUCACAAGUCAUGUCCGUUCUCAACUCGCUUCCCGACUAUCUCCUCGACGGAUCACGCCAUUCGUCUAUCUACCGCCGUCUAGGGCUGGUGGUGGUUGAUUCAGCCACGGCAUUUUACUGGCAGGACCGGUUCGAUAGGGACAUGUGGCGCCUCGACGCGGCCGCUGGUGGUGGACCAGCUUCGCAGCCGUCGCCUGUGCCGACGACGGCCCAGAUCAUUGACGGAUUGAAAGCCGUGCAGGACAGGUUCGAGUGUGUCGUCGUGUUCAGCUCGAAUAGGUCAUCUCUUUCUUCGGGAUCGCGGGCCCCCCAUCUUUCGACGUCGGCGCAGCAGGCAAAUCGUGGCAGAGGACCUCAACAUCCGAAGCCAUACCAGGACCAAAACCAGGGUCAGACUCAGCCUCAGCCUCAGAACCAGACAGACACGGAAAUGCAAUCGACACCCCUGGCGCCAGAUUCUUCUGUGUGGACCGUGUCGCCGUGGACGGCUUACGCCAGCCUCACGCUCGAUCUGUCACGAACACAGGUCGUCCAGUUUGCGCCGCACAUGACUUUGGACGAGUGUCUGCGUGACGCGGACAAGAGGUUCGAGGCCGUCGGCAAUGCGAGGUUUGUGGCCAAGGUGGAUGAUGGCCCAGGUCGGGUGGGUGGUGUGAGGACUGAACUCAACCCCGGGAGGACGGGUGGGUCGGCGUUCACCUUCAGGAUUGCAGAGGAGGGAGUGACUGUCGAGUAG